AUGUCCACCUUGCUUGUGGGUAUCAGGUGGAGUGAUGUCCAGCCAAAGGACAGGUGGGCUUGUUCCCUGGUGUCUCGGCUGCAGGAGAAGCCAGGACUGACGCUCUGCAGAAAGGUUUGCUAUGCUGUUGGGGGCAUUCCCUACCAGAUGACAGGCAACGCCCUUGGGUUUUUCCUCCAAAUCUUCCUGUUGGAUGUUGUGCAGCUGGAUCCAUUCCAUGCCUCUCUGAUAAUUUUCCUUGGAAGAGCUUGGGACGCAGUUACUGACCCUGCUAUUGGCUUCCUGGUCAGCAAGAGCCCAAGGACAAAAUAUGGCAAGUUGGUCCCAUGGAUUGCAUGCUCCAUGCCAUUUGGGGUGCUCUGCUACUGCAUGAUGUGGUUCACCCUCUCGGAUGCCACCCCCACCUCCCUGAAAUUCCUGUGGCACCUGUUCAUGUACAGCUUCUUCCAGACUUGCAUGACGUGCCACCACGUGCCGUACUCUUCCUUGACAAUGUUCCUGGGAGGAACCCAGAGAGACCGUGACUCGGCCACUGCCUACAGAAUGGGGAUGGAAGUGUUCAGCACACUCCUUGGGUCAGGAAUCCAGGGGCAGAUUGUUGGCAGAUACCAUGCCCACAUGAUGAACGGCUGUUACAUGUCAAAUGAGACCCUGCACAACACCAGCAUCUACAGCCUCACCAGUUCUCUGGAGAACACGCGUAGGGCCUAUGUAUUUGCAUCCCUGGCCCUGGGCUCAAUCUAUUGCCUGUCCUGUCUGAUUCUCAUCUUUGGAGUCAGGGAGCAGCCUGGACCCCUCAGCCCCCUGGGGAAGGUUGAGCUGCCCUUUGCCAGCUGCUUGAGGAUGAUCAUGGGACACAAGCCCUACACCCAGCUGCUGUGUGGCUUCCUCUUUGCAUCCCUGGCCUUCCAGAUCACACAGGGGAUCUUUGCCUUCUUCUGUACUCAUGCCGCAGGGCUGGCAGGGAAGUUCCAGCAUUUAGUGCUUAUCAUGUUGCUGAUCAUCCCAGCCCUGGUAGCUGUCACCCAGGUGAUGCACAACUUCCUGGCCUUCGUCUUCCUGGUGAUCAUGGCAGGCUGCAGCAUGGCUGUGCUCUACCUUUUACCGUGGUCCAUGCUGCCAGAUACGGUGGACGACUUCAUGCUGAGGAACCCCAGCUGCCUCAACCUGGAGGCUCUCUUCUACUCAUUUUAUGUCUUCUUCAACAAGUUUGCAGGUGGCCUUGCUGUGGGGAUAUCGACGCUGAGUUUACAUUUUGCAGGUUACCAUGUUGGAGACUGCACAUACAACCCCUCAGUCAUCCUGGCCCUGCAGCUGCUCAUGGCCCCAGUCCCAAUAAGCCUGUUGCUCAUUGCCAUAGUCAUCUUCUGCCUUCAUCCCAUCAAUGAGGAGAGGAGGAAGCAGAUGAGAAUGGAGAUGGAGACAAUGGG